GCUAUGAACCAUUCCGGACGGUUCACAUCGCGGCGCGCUGCCACCGCGGCAACACGUUUUCGCGAGUGUGCUCCCGGGGAGAUCCCGUGCCGAACGAACAGCUGUUGUUCCUCCACCGUUUCUUCUCGAUCUACAUUUUAUAACUUCCUGAGAGAAGUUACGGAGAUAUUACGGUGCCGAUGAAAAGGCUGGUUGUCCGUAACUUGUAGAACGAUCGAAUCGCUCAAUUUCGGAUUCAUAUGCUCCGGACGUGGCGCAAAACACACUGGCAUCGAGGUUUGUGAGUGAGAGACGAGCCGUGAAACGGAGGAAAGCUGGCGAGGCAGAUUGUGACGAGGGGGAAGAUUUCGGAGCUGCUGGAAUUGUUGGUGCUGCGCUGGGCCAGGAUGUCGUUCUUCAGGGGUUUGUGGAAGAGCAGCUCGAAGCACAAGAAGCUAUGCGAGGAAUGGGCGCUGGCGAAUAGCCGCGAGUGCGUUGAGGGUGGCGGUUCGACGAGCACGACGCACGGGGAGGAAUCUGAGGAUGCAUCUGAGGCGAGGUUCACCCUCAAAUAUUUGGGCAGCACUCUCGUCGAAACGCCUUCGAGCGAGGAAGCUACGGCGGAAGCCAUCAAGACCGUUAUCACCAUGGCAAAAGCAAGCGGGAAAAAAUUGCAAAGGGUCUCUUUGGCUGUGAGCUUGAGAGGAAUUAGAAUGACGGACCUGGCCACUGAAGAGGAUCAACUUCAGGUGUCGAUAUACAGGAUUUCGUAUUGCUCGGCGGACGCGACGCACGAUCACGUGUUCGCGUUCAUUGCGACGAAUCUCAACGAGACGAUGGAGUGCCACGCAUUUCUCUGCCCGAAGAGAAAAAUGGCGCAGACAGUGACGCUGACUGUGGCGCAGGCCUUCAACACGGCUUAUCAGGCGUGGCAGUUGUCGCAGUCCGAUCCUAGGAUCCAUCACGCACAGGAUAAGAGCCCUCCCUUGACGGGUGACAGGAUCGAUAACAAUGAGAAGAAAAGUGCCAGCGAAACAAAGACUACUACUGGCAAGAUCAAUGAGCAAAACAAGCAGAACGGUCAACAGCGGCGUAACGACAGUCAGAAAAAUCUUUUAAUUGAUUUGUCAAACGAUCCCAAACCAGCGGGAAAUUCAUGGGUAUGCUUUGAGGAGGAUUCAGACGUGAAGAAGAACCAGAAGAAAAGCGCGGCAAGUAACAACAGUAUUCCUAUGACAACGCUUAGGCAUCACACGGCGUCGUCUACCCCGGCUCAUCACGUGGUGCCCCGACCAAGCGCCGGUUUCAAGGUACAAAACGCCUGGGGCGAGUCCAGGUCGGUCGAUCUGAUGUGCUCGUAGCAGGCAGGAUAGCCGGCGGCCGAUAGCUUCAGGGACGUGCCGUUGAUCACAGGUCUUUGGAAACACCUCUCGGACAACGGCCAAUCCAAAAAGACCAACGGCAACCAUUAGAAUCCUCGCCCAACUGUCCCGGUAGCUUCCGAUUGCGAGUUUAAAAUUCGGAGAGGCGACGAUCUUCGCCGAUUAUUCGUAUUUUUAUCAAACGCUGAGGAGAGACAGCGGGGAUGCCGACGCAGCGGUGUCUAUUUUUGUGUGAUCUUAAUGAGACUACAUUAGGUCCGAUGGAAUUUCUUGUAUUUGUUGGAAAGGCAUACGAAAGAUUGUGGAUGAUUCCAACAUAUGAUGACAUACGAUGGUGAUUUCUUUUUAAAGAGGGCCAACCUACAGAGAAGAUCGCGGUAAUCCAGGUGGGAUCAAUUUCUAAUGGAUUUUGUAUAAUGCGUAUAAUAUACACAUAUACCUGUGCCAAUUACUUUACAUACAUAUCGCAUAAAAAUUACUAAACGUGAGUUCGAGACACUCACUUUCUAUCGUUUUUAAUGGUAUUAACUCUGGAAAUUAGAUUAAAAUUAGUGUCGUACAAUUCGCGUUUUUUAGAGAGUAUGAAUAAAGAUUAAGAUCAAUUUUCGCUUCAAGAUUUAUUGGAGAAUCGAAAGUCUCGAUGCGAUGACAGGUGACUCUACUAAACCAAAUCAAAUUUUUUUUAAAUUAACUUGAUUAACAUGUAUAGUAUAAUAAACAUGUGUAUUAAAAGUCUCGUUUAGGCUCGUUUAACUAAUACUUUUUUGUUUAUUAUUUAAAAUGGAUAUUCGAUAAUUAUUGAUAAAAUGUUUAGUCAAUAAUUAUCAGACAUCCUGCAUUCUGUAUGUUACAAACUUUUUAUAAUUUUUUCCUAGAUAGUCAUAUGAGUAUCAAAUUGGUUUUCGCAUCAACAUUUUCAAUAGUAAACUUAAGGAUUACAAUAAUUCGAAAUUGUACAAUUUCGGUGAGUAAAAAAUACGCGAGCAUACAACGAACCUUGUACUAAAUACGUAUCCCGUCCAAAUUGGAAACUAUUGCUGCCAUUUUAAUCUCAUAUACGAUUCAAAUGUUUUAUACGCGUGUAUCUACACGAUACAAUGCGCGACUAAAUCGUUUUAAAGCAAUUUUCGAGUGAAUUCUGGUCACGUAAAAAUGCGUAUUCCAGAGUUAAUACACAUGUGUUAGUUUUGUUGAAAACGUACAAUACGUUAUGAUAAAGGAGAAACGCGAACAAAAAAAAAAGAGAUUUGAGAAAAACGCCAGGUUUCGUAGAUCGAUUCCCUACUAUGGUGCUGGAUAGAGAGACGGACUUUUACGUAAUUGUUAAUAGUCAAGCCCUUGAUUAAAUAGCUGGACUAUUACUUAGUUGAAAUUAAUUGAGAAAUUUUUCGUAAAAAUAACGUUCAACGUAAAUAAAUAUCGUGGAGGCCGCGUUAUAUACGUGCGUUAUUAGAUGUGAUUUGCAAUUAGCUCAUAUAUACGUUAUAUAGAAAUUUUAUAUUCCCGAGGGGAAUUUUUAUAUUCCGAAGGGAUCAAAUUUUCCAGAUGGGCUUCGUUGCGCCGAUUUCAUUGAUAAUAUCGGCGUUUAACGUCGAAAUAUCGCAAUAUUGCGUAUUACAUAUUAAAUAUUAAUGUGUUGAUGUACACGAAUAAAUACAUGCGCGUAAUAGCUGAUAGAGCGUAAUUAUUGCCACUAAUAAUCGAAGAGCGUUAACAUGAUUUAGCGUUAACUAUAUUGACAUUUAAUUUAUCGAUUGUUAAACCAUAAAUAUAUUGUAUUCUGGUUUUAGAUAUCGUAUCUGCGCGCGAAAUUAUCGCGAUAGCAUCAUAUCUUGGAUAGCAUUAAGGUUUUUAUUUCCGCGUGACGACGAUUGUCUCGAUUCAAUCAUUCUUUUAUGAAUAAAAAAACUAAGUUGCGGAGGGCUGCGUUCGAUACGAAGAAGAUAUAGCAGGUGUAAUACAUUAUAUGAUAACUGUCCGUUAGUCAAUGUUAUAUUGUCGAGGAACAGCGUUUUUAGCGUUUUAUCGAAUGAAAUUAUAUCGAUUCUAAGGUAGCUAUUCUGGUGGCGAGUUUUCGUAGGUUUGCAGAAUUUAUCGCGAGACGAUCUAUGAAGCAGUCAAAACGCUCUCAUUCUUUCGUACAUUAAUACCUUUUUGACCAGGAUCGUCAAAUGAGAAGUUUUCUUUAUUAUUUUCGUAACAUAAGGAAAACUGAAUUUGUAGAUAAAAUAAUUGUGCUCAUUUUCACAUGGAAACUUUUAUAAAUUAUUACUAAUUAAGAUACAUUAUGCAAACGUGCAAGUAGUUUUUAUAAUAAAAUAUUGAAAUGCGAUCUUUUAUUAACAUUAAAAUCUCACGAUUCUUUCUAUUCAUCCAUAAUUCAUUUAUAAUUAAAAUCAGAUGCUUCAGUUUAUAAAUGACAUAUUUAUGGUCAAUAAGGAGAUUAAAGAGACGUUUUUGACUGCAAUAUUUUAUCACGUAUGAACCGGAGGCGACGUAAAUCUUAAACCGGAUGUCUCCAAAUACGUGUGCUGAAAAAUAAUCAUCUCGAAAUGACGAUAAUUUUAUAUAGCUGCGUAUUAAUCGCAACGUAUUACCACGGGAAUGUUGUGUAAAUUUUUUGCGCUAAAUGUUCGUAGUUCAUAAGCAGCACGAAAAAUAUACAUAUGUACAUCUGA